AUGCUCUCCAGUUCCUCGUACAAGUCCCACUGCAUGGUAUUGAUGAUUGGUGAGGAAGCCGCCGAGUGGGUUUGUUGGUGGAGAGAGACCAAAGAAAGUAAUGACAUGCUGAAUCUUGCUGUUAGUGCCACUUCACAAAAGGUGGGAGGUGAUAUGAUAAAUGUUCUGUAUGUUGGCAAUCGCAUGAGGUUAAGUCGUAACAAGUGUCAUUCUCCUCACUCAAGUGAUGGGGCUCUUGCAGAUAUGUACUGUGUUGCGGGUGCAGGAAGUCUUGCCGGGGAUUUAGGGAACGAAAAAAAAGAAAUAGUUAAACUUGAUCCGCAUCAUGAAAUUGCAGCUUUCUCGGAAAACUAUCCAACACGAAAACAAUGGCAUGGACCCCUCGAGAACACUGAACCCAAUUUCAGCAAGACGUUUAAACUUAAACUUGAUCCGAACCGUGAAAUUGCAGCUUUCUCUGAAAACCAUCCAACACCAAAACAAUGGCAUGGACCACUCGAGAACACUGAACCCAGUUUCAGCAAGGGGCAUUUGGAGCAAAGUGAUGGUAAAAGGUACGAGACAGAUUUGCUGCUGAGCCCAAGGAAGAAUGCUGCAAUUGAGGUGCUCUUCAAAGAGUAUGAAAGACUAAUACUGCGGAAUAAUCUGAAGCAAGAAAAGAGGGAAGGUGGAAUUCUAAGGGAUUCUGGGGUUAAUCGCACGUGUGCUGAUCCCAGGGGCCAGACCAUUGUUUUGCCUUCUGAGUUGCUUCCAGAGGUAGGGACUAGGGAGAUUGCUAACAUAGAGAUAUUAAGGGCUGUAAUUACUUCAGAAUUGCUUGAAUAA